UAGGUCUUAACUCCAGUGAACCUCAAGGGAGUUUUUUAAAAAGACUUUUAUGUGGAACCCUGUCUGUCAUAAACACAGUGUACGGUAUAAGUAUUGUAAACGCACUGUACAGUAUAGAUAUUGUGGCCACACAUUACAGGACCGACAGUGUCAUUAGUUGGAAAGUGAUAGAAAACGUAGAUUUGGAUUACCGCGUGGUAUCUUUGCUUUUGUUUCACGUGAUAUAAUAUGUCAAGCGAAGAAGUUCGGUUUGUUUUUAGUUUUAUUUGUUGGAAGAAAUCUGUCAAAAACUGCACUUUAAAAAAAAAGUCUGUGUCAUAUAGUUGCCGCAGUGUUUUGGAAUCGAAUUGUCAAAUUGGAUUUUUUUUUCUCUCUUAAAAAAAGAUGUAGGCUAUUCAGUAGUGUCGUAAUUGUUUGUAAAAUAUUGGUAUUGGAUUUCUGUCGCAAUUGUGCAGUCUAGUAAAAUGUUGCUAAUGAUUGCUAGUAAAGUAUAACACAGUAGUCGUAAAAUGUUGACAUUUCUCCUUUCUGACUGUAUUGUGUUUUGGUGUGUCUUUGCAGACGUCACAGAGAAUAUUUGCCGGCAAGUCUUCGGAAGUCAUUGAAACCACCCCCACAACGCCUUAUACAGUAAAGUGAUAAAACUGGCAAAGACAGAAAAAGCCGUGUGCGCCGUCGUUGAGUAAAGCAAAACAGUCAAAAGAAUGCUCAGAUUCUCUCAGUCAACGACACGUCAAAAAAGAUUUGAGCCCCAAACUGCGUCUGUCUCCAGUAAGACCAGAGAGGACUUUCCCCGGUCAGGGAAACUGGGGCGUAUAUCUGUGUGAGGAAGUCAGCUCACGUGAGUCCGGGGACAGAGCCGAGAGAGAUCUGGAGUGUCUGGAGAGAAGAGAACAUCGAGGGCCACUAGAAGCAGGACGAGCCGAGAGCCGGUGAGUGUCAGAUUAGUUUCAUCAACGACGUGCGCGUGCGUGAGUCGCCUGUGGCAGCAUUGCCUGGGGAGGUCGCGCGCGCCACCAGUUAAUUCCCGGAAACCAGUCGUCGGCAGCUGUGUGACGGCCGGCAGGCCCCCCUGUGGCGGUGUUCCCCUCCAUGUAAAUACCGUCAAUUAAGACCCGGGUACUUUCCCCGGGGAGGAAAGGCGUGUCUGUAGCCCCUCUCUGACCAGGACUUGAGCUCGAGGAGUUGCUUCCCCUGUGCUUUAUGAAGGAGGCCGUUCACGCUAAGCGGAUCGCGGCCAAUCAACGUCUUUCAGCACGAGUGGACUCUCUCGGGGCUGGGAGUGCACUGCCCGGGAUUGGGGACAUUCGAAGGGCUAGGAGAAAAAGAAGAAAAGGAGGGAGAAACAACAAAGAGUGAGUGUGAGAGAGAGAACGAUUAAGAUCCACAAAAAAAGCGCGGAGAGAGGAAGUGAGAGGAAGAAACAGAGAGUAACCAUUGGACUCGUGAGAUGGUCACCACCACGUGUUAUGACCUCCAUUGUCAGCUGUGGCUGGUAGGAUUUGCUCACGCACACAACAAACACUCCUGUUCUCGUCAACUAGUGUGGCCACUUUCUGGUCGCACCGUUAAAUAUAGCAUCUCUUCGUCUUCCCCUGUCGCCAAGACCGGGAACUCCCGAGUCUCUGUUUAACACUGUCUCGCUGACAGAUCACCGCAAAAUGGAUUGGGAAAACAAUAACACAGAAGCCCAGGGGAAACCCAUCACGUCACCUGAUCUCCCCCGGCAGGCAGCGAGGGCUCACACUGUUGUGGAACUACGCUACGCACCUCUGGACAUGAACGCCAACCCACAGUUGUGUAGGACUGACCCGGGGUCAUGUGGGUUCACCCGAUCUACCCCUAGCGUCACGUGGCUUGGGCAGAGCACCCCACUCAAUUCCGACUUUCCCACUCAAGUCACGGAGUCUCCGAUGAGCUUUGAGUCCCAGAGCAGAUCGGAUGGCCCACCGCAGGGCAUCGAUUCCCAAUCAGUGUUUCGAUCCGUUUCUGGCAUCUCCGGUGUUGUGUCGGGCCCGUCCAUCGUAAUGACCAGCUCGCCUCCCCUAGCUCCGGUCAUCCUUCUGUCCACGGCCGACUUGGAUCCCUCUCUGAGACAUCAAAUCGAUAAUUUCUCCACGGAUCAGCAAGCGAAGGGAAUAAAUAACAGUAGGGUGGCCCCUAGUUAUGCUGGUCUAGUGGGCCGCGCGGGGUCUGGGGUCGUGUCAGGGGGUCGGCUGUCUUCACCAAUCUGUGCCAACUUGCAAGAGGCAGGGGGAACGUUCACCAUCACCACAGACCCGGGACAGGCGACCUCGCGGGUGAAUCAACACGUCGCAGAUAGACGGACGAGUCCCAACUCACAUAUUACAUCCUCCCCUUCGCCCCCUUCCCCGCCCCCUGGCUUGCCCUUAUCCCGUGACGGAAACGCUGCUAGUGUGUUCAACGACAAUACGGAACGAUGCUACGGGAAAAAGAUAGAGGAAAUAACGGGGCGAGUGUCGGGCAAUUUCUCCUGUUUAGACAACAAUUUUAACAUCUCCGUGAAAAGCGGUCCGGCUCAUGGAAUGACGGCAGCGCUCAAAUCCAAUUCCAGGCCAUUUACCGGGGAAACGUUCGCUCAGUCCGCCGGCGCUACCAUUGAGGAGGCCAUACAGUUUAGCGGGGAACGGUCCCUCUCGACAAACGGAGCGGCUGAGAACGAGGCGGGUGGCGUAAUGGACGAGAGUAGUUCCCUGGUAGAGAGAGUUCCUCUCGGCCUGAGCGCUAGUGCUAGAAAGGAUCAGGCCGAGUCGUCUUCUUCCUCGGCAAUCAGAUGGUUGACUCUUGACACAGGGGCGAGAUCCGCCACACGCGAUUCUUCUCUUACAUUUCAAACUCACGGCAAAAGUGAGGCGGUAGCAACCCCGCCCGACUUGGCGCGGAUUGGUAUGUCUACAAGGGUAGUCACUCACGUAGGACGAAGCCCCAGUGGGAAAUUUAGAGAGGACGACCACAAGCCUAGGGUUGUCAUGGAGAAUUGCUCUGGGAACGGACAUUUAGAUAUGGAGGUAGACGAGAUGACGCCUGUGGACGAGCCCCCGAGUGCCCACGUGAUCACACAAGAUCUUAAAGGAUUGGGUGGCAGGGGUCAGAGUUCAGAGCAGCAAUCCAUGCUGUACCAGUCUCUUGUCAACGGAGCGACUAGCUCGUGCUUUAAGAGGCAAGAAUCCCAGGACAGCUGUAGUACGAGUCGUUUCAGUCGUAGCAACAGUUUACCCAUGUCCAGUGAGACUAGUAGAUCUACGGUUAUGACGUCUAGAAACCUGGUCAAUAGCCCGAAUGGUGGGGUAUCAUACGCCACCUUCAAAACCAUCAGUGUGACGCCUGUGAUUUUAGAACUAGAUGUAGGUCAGUCGAUCUGUCUCAGUGAAAGUGCACAUGUGACUAAUACCGAACCAUCGGAGAGACUUGGCAAUGUGGUGGCCUACAGAAAACCGGCUGUGGUCAGUGCUAGCAGAUUCCAGGCCGUGUCAGGGCCCACCGGGGGGAACAUUUCACCAACAGUUCAACAAACAGUCAGCCUCCAUCCAGAUGGGAACUCCAGGCAAUCGAGCCAUCAGGUAAGAUUGUACCAAACGACUGUGACGAGAACAGACAGCAAGAAUGCACCACACUCAGAGGAGAACUCAGUGGAGAGCAAUGCUGACCGCCGUGACCCGUGCGACAAACGAUGGCAAGCGCAGCCCGCGCGAGCUACACUCGUUGGCCAGUCCCCGUCAGCUUUCCGUGGCCCUUCCUCUGGUGACAGCUCCUCGUUCCUCAGAGUUGCCGGUCUCACGGGAUACAAGACCACCGUGUCUGUAGAUAAAUCCCCAAGCGAACCCUUACGACGGGUGUCUCCUCUGGCCCAGAACGGGAGUGGCGACGUGGAGGACGCACACAGAAGUGGCACAACUCUUGUGACGUUUGGAGCGAGACUUGUAGCCCCACCAGAAAAACUGUGUCCCGCUACCACUAGCGAAAAGGAUUGUCACAGUCACCUGGGACGGCUGCUGGCGUCUGGUUCGUCUAGAGAUAUUGAAACCACGCCCUCUUCGAACUCAAACAGUUCUGAAUCUUACCCAGAUGAACGUUUCAGAAACUCCCCGCACGACAACGGUGUUAUCACCCAUCACAUUGUGAGAGGGGUCAAAGCAAGUUCCACAACUCCAAGUGUUUCCCAGCGCUCUGGUAAGCUGGGCUCUCUGUACACAGCACGGAGCUCUCCUGUGGUGACGCAAAGCUCUCCUCUCAUGUUGCCCGCAUCCACGUCAUCAACGUCACCCCCCUCAUCGUCAUCUUCGACGUCAUCCAUGUCUCCCAUGGAGACCUCUGACCAGGAUCUCGACAAUUCUCCGUCUACCUCUGGGGCACCCCAUCUGAGUGCCAGGCACAAUCUGCCUCCUCAGAUCAGAUACCAGCAUCACAGCCACAGGCAGCAACUGCGACGGCAGCAAACAUCGCUAAAGCAGCACCACUGGCACCAGCAGCAAGAACAUCAGCAGUUGCAACAACAUGAAGAACACCAGCUGCAAGAACACCAAAAACAACGGCAACAACAACAACAACAACAGCAACAACAACAACAACAACAACAGCAACAACAACAACAACAACAACAACAACAACAACAGCAAAGAGAGCAGCAGUACCAACAACGGCCAGUUCGUCCCUUUCUGCCGUGUAAUUCUGCCAAGCGUCAAAUAAACCUGUCCACCCCACCCCCUGGAGCCUUUUCACGCCUCUCCCCCACCUCCCGCUCCCCUCCACCCCCACGACCAUCUUCUCCCUUGCCCUCCCCUGUACCGCGCAUCUUUUUCACAGAUAUUCCCACCAGCCCGUCCCCAACCCCAGCCUCUUCGCAGUCACGACACGCCACAAUUUCUACAACAGCCUUUUCUACAACUUCAGAACCGCUGCCAGCUUCCCCCAACACGAUAACAACAACAAAAGGGCAGUCGACCAAUCAGGACUUACAUGGUCAAGAUGCGAUGACCACUACUUCUUGGACAUCGUCCCCUCAACCACCACCACCACCACAAUCUGAACCACCACAAGCACUCCCACAACCACCUCCACCGCCACCACCGCCACCACCGCCACC